UUACAUUAUUCAUCGAUACUGUUCAACACUGAAAAAAUUAAAUCGCAUUUUUUUUUGUCUCAUGAUUUAUCAAUGAAGAAUAUCUUGGAUUCGACCUAAUUUUAAGAUUAUUUUUCUUAUCUAUAUCACAUCAUCAUCAUCAUCAUCAGUAUUCUACCAUUAUCAUUCGCCAAAUCAAGGAAAUCAUUUUAUUGGAACGCUGAUGAUUACCGAUAGCCAAACUCAUCACUUCAAAAUACUGCCAGAAUUGAAGAUAUUUUUCAAAUUUCGCACACAGUCAAGAGUUCCAAACGAUAAACAUGGAAGAAAUUUACAUUGUAAAAUUAAAAGGACUAUCACCGCCAUCAGCCCCUAGUCAUGAUUCAUUGUCAAAAGAUUCAAAAGCCUCGUUUUAUUAUCACACAGAUUUAACAGCUGAAGCUAUUAGAGGAUUUUCAUAUCUUCACAUAUUCUUCGGCAUAACAGUGCUUAGUUUAUCCGUCACCAAUUUGUGUUUCCAUGAAAAUCCAUUAGCAUUAGAGCCACCUUUAGGGAUUACUGUUUGGUGUGCAGUAUCUUUUAUUCUUUUGGGAUUUUUCGGCAUUCUCACCGCUUAUAAACGAAAAUGUGAUUUAUCUGGCUCCAUAUUUUAUGUAAAAUUUCAAUUAAUAUUGAUCAUCAUUGUUCUUUCAUUGACAUUAACGUUCGCCAUAUUGUUUGCACUUGAUUUACAUGGACCGAUUGCUAAUCAAUUUAUUGGAUUAAACAUCAUUUUUUCCAUCAUAGUCGAAAGUGUAAUUUUAUUAUUGACGUUGUUUACUUGUGCCAGAGUUUUAUGGCCUGGAUGCCUAAAUUUUUGCGCAAAAGAUUGGCCUAUGCAGCCCAGCUUGAAACGUAAAAUGAUUAUAAAAACAAAAGUUUUCGCUAAUGGAAUCCAACAGGAUAAAGCCAACAUUAUACAAAGUUUCGGUCCAAAUUGUGUUAUAUCUUUGAAUAUGCCUCCAACGAUUGCUUCUGAUCAUACAUUAUCAUCAAAGAAUUCGUCAAUUUGUUCAUCACCAAUAUAUAAAAACAACCUUGGUAAUAAUAAAAGAUCAUCAUUAUCUGGAUCGACUUCUGAUUUAACCAAAUCCUUAUCCACAAUCUAUGCUUUACCUGAUGAACAAAUAGACAAUAAUAGUAUUUAUUGUAAAGAACAAAUUACAGCAAUUUCGACCAAUUCAAUUUAUUACAAUUAUCCUGUUAUUGGUGUUAGCACUACAAAUUUAUUGCAAACUUUUCCAACUGUUCGUCACAAUCGUGAACAAUUAUUAACUACAAAUGAUUCGAAAAUGUUAUCCAAUCAGCAAUCUUCACCAAUCAUGUACAUAAAUGAUACAUCGACAAAUAAUUCUGACCAUUCUUGGUAUCGCGGUAGUGAUUUGUAUUCUGCUUCUGAAGAAACGGAUCCUUACGAUACAGAUGAAUUUGAUUAUUGCUCCACAGAAGAUGAAAUCGAAACAGCCGAUAGAACACUUACAAAAGAAUUCAACAAAAUGAGUAGUGAUGAUGGAAAUGGAACAUUAGAAGAUGAAUCGAUUUCAAACUCAUCAACCAGCUCAUCAAGUAAAUCCGAAGCUAACAAUGACGAAGAAAUGUUCAACGAUUGUAAUAGAUCUAACGAAAUGAAUAAUGAAUCAAUGACUAUAGAAGCUCAUUCGAAUAAUGAGUCGAACUCGGAAAUUUCAUCAAUCAAAAAAGUCAUUGAUUUUAAAAAUAAAUCAACCGAAAUGAAACCAAAUAUCGAUCAAGAAGCUAAAAAUGAUUAUGAACAAAAUGUCGAACCUGAACGAUUUCCUAUUCAACUUAAAUCAUUUUGUGCUACAAAAAAUAAUAGCCAACAAGUAUUGCCAUAUAAGAAAUCAUCGAUAAUACAAAUUCAAUCCUCAACAAAUCCGGAAUCGAAUGUUCUGACAAUGCAGGAUGUGACGAAUUUGAAAUCUUCAAAAAUAAACGAAUCUUCAUCGAUGGUGAUUCCCACAACAACAACAACAACAACAAUUCGUUUGCUUAAUACUAAUAAAACUGCCUCAAAUCAUAAUAGAUUGAAUAUCAAUGAAAAUGAUCACGUUGCUCUGGUUAAAAAUCAAAAUUUGAAUCAAUAUGUAACGAAAAUGGGAAAUAAAUUAACAUCACAUCCAUAUCUAUGUCGAUUACGAGCUACGAACGAUGAAGCUAUUGAACAGAAUUCAUAUUCCAAAAAGGCUAUAGCUGUAUCGAAGCAGAUACCAGAUAUUCAACGAGUAUAAUUUGAUAUAUGUCUUUUUUCUUGUUUAAUCAUCAUUUGUAUUAUAAAUUAGCAUUUCUCAAUGCCGGUGUUUCAUUAUUGU